GGGGAAGCAUUUGUGCGUUGCACCGGUGUUACGUACGUUUCUGUAAAACAUGUCGUGUGUUUUGUUGUAAUCCGGCGUUAGAAGCAGAAUUUCUCCGUUUUCUCAGAGUGAGUGUUUCCGCCUCAGACAAGGACUGACCUCAGGACUGGUCAUGCUGCUGCCUCUCCUGCUCCGUCCCCCCGUCCGUUACCCUCACACCUCUGCACUGCUGGUACAGUGUGUGCGGACGCAGCGGUGCAAGACGGGGACGGUGCUGUGUUCUCAGACUGAACACUUCCUGCGGCUGAGGAUUCCUCUGAGCCCCCAGAGCAGAGGGAACAAGAACCAGAGCAGGAGGUCAAAGGGUCAGGAAGAGGACUGGAAGACCAGGAACAAGACGGUGCUGACAUACAUCGCUGCGGCCGGCGUGGGGAUGAUCGGCCUGUCGUAUGCCGCCGUGCCACUCUACAGACUCUACUGCCAGGCAGCAGGGCUCGGUGGUACGGCGGUGGCUGGCCACGACACAGACAUGGUGGAGACGAUGAAGCCGGUGAAAGAACGCGUCCUGAAGAUCACCUUCAACGCUGACACGCACGCCAGCAUGCAGUGGAACUUCAGGCCACAGCAGAGCGAGAUCUAUGUAGUUCCAGGUGAGACGGCGUUGGCGUUUUACCGAGCGAAAAACCCGACGGACAAACCCAUCAUCGGGAUCUCCACCUACAACGUGGUCCCCUUUGAGGCGGGACAAUAUUUCAACAAGAUCCAGUGCUUCUGCUUCGAGGAGCAGCGUCUGAACCCUCACGAGGAGGUUGACAUGCCCGUCUUCUUCUACAUCGACCCCGAGUUCCACGAGGACCCCAGGAUGGCACGGGUCAGCACCAUCACACUGUCCUACACCUUCUUUGAGGCCAAGGAGGGUCAGACGCUGCCGCUGCCUGGAUACAGCUACAACUAAGACUGAGCCUGGACCUGAGCCAGGACUUGAACACAUUUGACCACAAAAAUCCUGGAAGAGGGAAACAAUCA